CGCGCUUUAUAUCAAAGAUACUGUCAAGCAACGUGCAACAGAUGAAAAUUAAUCGAAAAUAGAGGUGUACCAAGCAGUGAAACAGGGGCGCGGAGCAUACAUUCUUAAGGAAACAUACAUACAUGCAUACAGACAACUACUCGCUGCGCAUUUACACUUGCAUUUUAUGGUUCUUUUAUAAAGAAGCUGAAUUAAAGACAACGAAUAAUGAACUCAUUUGACGAUUGUUUCUAUCUUACUCUUUCUCCGAUAGUACCAUGUCUGAAUUUGCUGAUGUUAAUGUGGACUCUAUUAUUGAAAGAUUAUUAGAAGUCAGAGGGAAUCGACCUGGCAAACAAGUUCAAUUACACGAAAAUGAAAUCAGAUAUCUCUGUAUAACAGCCCGUGAUAUCUUUAUGAGUCAACCCAUUUUAUUAGACUUGGAAGCUCCUAUCAAGAUCUGUGGCGAUAUCCAUGGUCAAUACUAUGAUCUUUUGCGACUGUUCGAAUAUGGUGGCUUCCCCCCAGAAUCCAAUUAUCUUUUCAUGGGUGAUUAUGUUGAUCGAGGCAAACAAUCGUUAGAGACAAUUUGCUUAUUGUUGGCAUACAAAAUCAAAUAUCCUGAAAACUUCUUUAUCUUGCGUGGUAAUCAUGAAUGUGCCAGUAUCAAUCGUAUUUAUGGUUUCUAUGAUGAAUGCAAACGAAGAUAUAACAUUAAAUUAUGGAAGACAUUCACAGAUUGCUUCAACUGCUUACCAAUUGCUGCUUUGGUGGAUGAAAAGAUAUUUUGUAUGCAUGGUGGUCUAUCUCCUGACCUUCAAAGCUUUGAACAAAUCCGUAGAGUGAUGAGACCGACUGAUGUACCCGAUACAGGUCUCUUGUGUGAUCUUUUAUGGGCAGAUCCCGACAAAGAUAUUCAAGGAUGGAGUGAGAACGAUCGUGGUGUUUCUUUCACAUUUGGGCCUGAUAUUGUAUCUAAAUUCUUACAGAAGCACGAUAUUGAUCUUAUUUGCCGAGCACAUCAAGUGGUAGAAGAUGGUUACGAAUUCUUCUCAAAACGUCAAUUAGUCACUAUCUUUUCUGCACCGAAUUAUUGUGGUGAAUUUGAUAACGCGGGAGCAAUGAUGAGUGUCGACGAGUCAUUGAUGUGUUCAUUCCAGAUCCUUAAACCUGCGGAAAAGAGAGCCAAAUAUGCUGGUUAUGGUGGGAAUAAGAAUGGACAGAAAGGAAAGAAGAAGAAUAAUGCAUAAAUAUGAACGAAGCAAUCCUUAAUAAUAAAAAAAAAAAAAAAAAAAGAAAAAACUCCAUAUGAAUAUUGCAACCUCAUGUUUUUCUUUUACAUCAACUGGGUGCGCACAUGCAAUUCUUAUGUACACAAGGGCU